AUGAUCCUUCAGCACUGCGGCGUUGCUGUGCAUGAGGAACGUCGAGCUAUGCAGAUUGCCCUUCGAAGCGGGCCAGUGAAGGCGGUGAAGUGGCUCUUGCGAGCACGAGCUGAUGCGGAGAAACCAGUGGAAGCUGACUUGACCCCGCUUCGCUUGGCCGCACGCUUUGGAAACGAUGAGGUCGUUGACACACUGUUGGAAUCAAGGGCGCAAGCCAACACCAGAGGGCGCUUUGGCUACACAGCCUUGAUGGUUGCCGCAAUGUAUGGCCACGCUGACAUUGUACAGCUUCUUCUCAGUCGAGGAGCACAGGUCAACACCAACGGAGAUGGCGAGACAGCGAUUGACUUAGCCUCCCGGUAUCCAGAGGUGGCCGAAAUGCUCCAAGCGCACGUCGACGCCUAUGGUUGGACUGGCAGUGCUGACGAGAAAAGGGCGACAGCGGACUUUGCCUGGGCAACCGGACCUUCCUGUUGCAAGGAACCACGGGAUUCUCCCUGCUCUGAAUGA